ACUUGUUUUAGGACAGAACGUCCUGCUCUUUGUCCUGGAGUGCCCGGGAGAACUGAUUGCGAGAGUUGGGUUUGUCGCAGGCCGAGCAAUGGCGGAAAGCACCAGUAAAGAUUCGCUGCUGAAGGCGUUCAGUCGCUUCGCGGUGUACGGAGACACGAUGGCCAGCGGCAAGGAAAUGAACGGCAAGAACUGGGCCAAACUCUGCAAGGACUGCAAGAUCAUCGACGGCAAGAACGUUAGCGGAACUGACGUUGAUAUCGUCUUUUCCAAAGUCAAGCAGAGGACAGCUCGCGUGAUCACCUUUGAUGAGUUCCUGCAAGCUUUGCACGAAUUGGCGCCCAAGAGGUUCAAGGGGAAAAGUCGGGAGGAUGCCAUCGCGGCCAUCUACAAGUUGACCGAGGCCGGAGAGCCCAGCAAAUCCGGGGUCACGAAAUCGGUGAGAUCUGGCGCGGUGGACCGCCUGACAGACACGUCUUUGUACACGGGCUCGCACAAGGAACGCUUUGAUGUGAGUGGCCGAGGACGAGGCCGCGAGGGACGCGAGGACAUUGUCAACAACACGGGAUAUGUCGCCGCUUACAAGAACGAAGGAACAUUCGAUGAUAAAACGAGCGGAAAAUGAAGCGCCCUUCAACUUUGACCUCUGCUUUUUAUUAUACAGUAUACGUGUGUUGUGUUUUAGUUCCUGUCAUCUGACUUCAUUAAAUAUUUCUGUGUGUGGUAAUUAGUGGCUGGCUGGCUAUGUGGUGUUAGCUGAUCCCCAUACUGUACCGAUGCCACGUUUUUUUGAAAACACCGUUGUUUUUGUUCUUGUUUUUUCUAACAUACAGUGGGUGGCGUCCAAAGGGGUUUAAUUUAUUUGUACUGUUUCCUUGCUGCGUG